ACCCGUUGCAUACACGUCGCCCGUUUCUUUCUUACUAUCCUCGGCUUUCACGCUCGAAAGGACGUCCCCUUUGAUCCUCACAAGCUGAACCCAGCAGCAGAAAAAUGGCGGUGGGCAAAUCAGCGACGGACGUCGAGAUCUUCAAGCCUCGCAUCGACAAGCGCGCGUACAGGAGGAUCGUCCUCUCGAAUUCCCUCGAGGCUCUCCUCAUCAGCGAUCCCGAUACUGAUAAGGCUGCUGCUUCAAUGGUGGUUUCGGUUGGAUAUUUCAGCGAUCCUGAUGGCCUCGAGGGUUUGGCUCACUUUUUAGAGCACAUGUUGUUUUUUGCUAGCGAGAAAUAUCCUAUGGAAGAUAGUUACUCAAAAUAUAUUACUGAGCAUGGAGGCUCCACUAAUGCUUUUACGGCUCCUGAUCUUACAAACUUCUAUUUCGAUGUCAAUGUAGACUGCUUUGAAGAGGCUUUGGAUAGAUUUGCACAGUUUUUUAUCAAGCCAUUGAUGUCUCCGGAUGCUACCAUCAGGGAAAUAAAAGCUGUUGAUUCUGAAAAUCGAAAAAAUUUAUUAUCAGAUGGUUGGCGGAUGAAUCAGCUCCAUAAGCAUCUGAGUUCAAAGGACCAUCCUUAUCACAAAUUUGGCACAGGAAGCUGGGAUACCUUGGAAGUUAAACCAAAAGAAAAAGGCAUAGACACAAGAAAUGAACUACUUAAAUUUUAUCAAGAAAACUAUUCGGCAAACCUAAUGCAGCUUGUCGUGUAUGGAAAAGAGACCCUAGACGAAAUUCAGACACAGGUUGAAAAGAAGUUUGAUUCUAUUCGGAACCUGGGGCGGAACUGUUUCCAUUUUCCUGGCCAACCCUGCACCUCUGAACAUCUUCAAAUUCUUGUCAAGGCUGUCCCAAUAAAGCAAGGUCACACGUUGAGAAUUAUAUGGCCAAUCACUCCUAGCAUACGUAACUACAAAGAAGGGCCUUGCAGGUAUCUUGGUCACCUUAUUGGGCAUGAAGGCGAGGGAUCUCUCUUUUAUAUUUUGAAAACACUAGGAUGGGCUAUGGGUUUGAGUGCUGGUGAAGGAGAUUGGAGUUUGGAGUUUUCUUUCUUCAAUGUAAUCAUUGAGCUCACAGAUGCCGGCCAUGAACAUGUUGAAGAUAUUGUUGGGUUACUGUUCAAAUAUAUUUUACUCUUACAGAGAUCUGGAGUAACGAAAUGGAUAUUUGAUGAGCUUGCGGCUAUAUGCGAAAAUGGAUUUCAUUAUCAAGACAAAGUCCGUCCUCGUGACUAUGUUGUUAACAUUUCAUCAAACAUGAAGUUAUACCCUCCAGAAGAUUGGCUGGUGGGAUCAUCAUUGCCUUCCAAAUUUGUUCCAAGCACCAUCCAGAGUGCGUUAGAUGAACUGAACAUGGAGAAUGUCAGAGUGUUUUGGGAAUCAAAAAAAUUUGAAGGAUGUACUGAUUUAGUCGAGCCAUGGUAUGGAACUGCAUACUCUAUCAAUAAGAUUACUGCUUCUACCAUCCAGCAAUGGGUAGAGAAAGCUCCGAAUGCAUAUCUACACCUACCAAGUCCUAACAUAUUCAUCCCAACGGAUUUAUCCCUCAAAGGAUUGCAAGAAAAGGUUAAAUUUCCUACAUUGUUGAGGAAAUCAUCAUUUUCAAGAUUGUGGUACAAGCCUGAUACUAUGUUCUUUACCCCAAAAGCUUAUAUCAAAAUAGACUUCAAUUGUCCACUGUCUAGUCACUCACCGGAGGCAGAGGUGCUUACUGAUAUUUUCACACGAUUGUUAAUGGAUUAUUUGAAUGAAUAUGCUUAUGAUGCUCAAGUUGCUGGCCUUGAUUAUGCAAUACGACAUGCUGAUACUGGAUUUCAGGUGAUUGUCGUUGGAUAUAAUCACAAAAUGAGAAUCCUAUUAGAAACAAUUGUUCUUAAACUUCAUCAGUUUGAAGUUAAACCUGACAGAUUUGCAGUGAUCAAGGAAGCAGUCAUAAAGGAGUACCAGAACUUUAAGUUUCAACAGCCAUAUCAGCAAGCUAUGUACUAUUGCACACUGUUACUAGAGGAUCAUACAUGGCCAUGGAGCGAGGAGCUUGAUGUGCUUCCUUAUCUUGAAGCAGAUCAUCUUGCAAAGUUCGCUCCUAUUUUACUUUCAAAAGCAUUUUUGGAGUGUUUAGUGGCAGGAAACAUUGAGCCAGCAGAAGCAGAAUCAGUAGUCCAACACGUAGAAGAUGUCCUAUUCAGGGGUCCCCAGCCUACAUCCAAACCUUUGUUUCCAUCUCAGCAUUUAACAAAUAGAGUAGUCAAGCUUGACAAAGGUGUUAUUUACCAUUAUCCAGUUGAGGGCCUAAAUCAGAAAGAUGAGAAUUCUUCCCUUGUCCACUAUAUUCAGGUUCAUCAAGAUGAUAUAAAGUUAGAUGUCAAACUUCAGUUGUUUGCUCUCGUUGCGAAGCAACCAGCCUUUCACCAGCUACGUUCUGUAGAGCAGCUGGGAUAUAUAACCGUGCUUAUGAAGAGGAAUGAUUCUGGUGUUCGCGGAGCUCAAUUUAUUAUACAGUCAACAGUGAAGGAUCCGGCGGAACUUGAUGUUAGAGUUGGAGCUUUCUUAAAGCUAUUUGAGGGUAAACUCUAUGAAAUGAGUGAAGAAGAAUAUAAGAGCAAUGUCAAUGCACUGAUUGAUAUGAAACUCGAGAAACAUAAGAAUUUGAGGGACGAAGCAGCCUUCUACUGGGGAGAAAUUUCUGAUGGUACUCUAAAAUUUGACAGAAGAGAUUCUGAGGUUGCAGCUCUGCGUGAUCUGAAGAAGGAAGAACUGGUGGAUUUCUUCAAUUACUAUAUCAAAGUAGAUUCACCUCAAAGAAAGACUCUCAGCGUUCAAGUCUAUGGUGGAGUGCAUUCAGCGGAAUACAAGAAGACAAUCAAUGAAGCAGAUGAACCGGGGAGGUAUCAAAUCAAAGAUAUAUUCAGCUUCAGAAGGUCAAGACCUCUCUAUGGUUCUUUCAAAGGCGGGCUUGGCCACAUGAAAUUAUGAGGGAGUUUUGUUAGCUCAACUGCAAAUGAUUUUGAAAUCAGAUUACCGAAGAAAGGCAUUUAUUGCGAUUCAAGCAAAAGGAGCACUGAUUAUUGGUUAUAUGUAAAUUGCUUUAGCACUUGGAUAUGCUUUAGCUAGUAAAAACUGAAACAAUUGUUUUCAUAACGUUCCAAUUGCCAGGUCCUACACAUAAUUAGAUAAUUUGAGUCUGGUAUUGUGGUUGGGUACUAUCGUAGUUAA